GUUCAGAAGCUGCCUCUUCGAUAGGAAGAGGAAGGCUUAGACAAAAACUGUUAUACACAUCUCUCUUCGAGCCCUCGAUGAGCGGGUGAAACUUCCUCUCCGUCUUCUUAUAUUUGGAAUUCAAUUAACAUUAAAGAUGGGCGAGUGGGACUUUCUCGGAAGACUGCUGGAUAGAGUCCAGACGCACUCAACGGUGGUGGGAAAAAUCUGGCUCACCGUCCUGUUUGUGUUUAGGAUUCUAGUCCUUGGCGCCGGUGCCGAGAGAGUUUGGGGCGAUGAGCAGUCAGACUUCAUCUGCAACACAGAGCAGCCGGGGUGCGAGAACGUCUGCUACGACCAGGCGUUCCCCAUCUCACACAUUCGUUUCUGGGUGCUGCAGAUCAUCUCGGUGUCCACACCUACUCUGGCCUACCUGGGCCACGUCGUCCACGUCAUACAUGUGGAAAAGAAAGUGAGAGAGAUGAUGAAGAAAGAGCUUCAGAACGAGCAAAUCAAUCUGUUCCUCAAGAAAGGCUACAAAUUCCCUAAGUACAGCAGGGACAAUGGGAAGGUCAGCAUUCGGGGGUGUCUCUUGAGAAGCUACAUUCUGAGUUUGCUUUGCAAGAUACUUUUAGAGGUGGGUUUCAUCUUGGGCCAGUACUACCUUUAUGGCUUCACUCUUCAGGCCCAAUUCGUCUGUGUCCGUUUUCCAUGUCCUCACAAGGUGGACUGUUUCUUGUCAAGGCCUACUGAGAAAAGCAUCUUCAUUUGGUUCAUGCUGGUGGUGGCCUGUGUCUCUUUAUUCCUAAAUGUGAUUGAGAUCUUAUAUCUUUUUGUCAAGAAGAUCAAUGAGUGUCUCAGCCACAAAAAGGACUACACCAUUACACCCGUGAUCCCGGUUGUGAACCGGAAGGACUUCAAAAAAACAGAUCAGGUGGUUCAGAACUGGAUGAACCGUGAGCUGGAGCUUCAGAGGAGGGAACCUGGCAAUGAGGCAACUAAGAGUGUGGCUUCAGAGGAGCAUAGUGCUGACGGGCAAGAGGUCCAUAUCUGAUCAGCAGGUCUCUGUACACAAUGGCUUUCACACGGUCAGCUUGACAAACAGCAACUGAUCCAAGUGACUUGUGCAUGGUCGAGACCCCCAACUUCAAGCACGCUAUGACCCUCUCUCUCUGUUUAACAAAUCAAUAAUGUACUGCUGAAAGUUCUUCUGUUUUUGUUUGUUUUUGCUUUUUUUCUCAUUUAAGUUGGAAAUUGUACUCUGUAGAAAGAUUUGAUAAAAGUAAAGCUUCAAACUGUGCCUGUAA